GUGGCUUGGUCAGCGGUGCUGACGGGAGCCACCAAGGUCCCUUUUUGACCUGGUGUUCUGGUCAAAAACUGAACACCAGCAGCUCUAGUUAGGGGUGCCCGCUUCCAAGCCUGUCUCUUCCGUGGCAUAUGAUGGACCUGUCCAUCCAUGAAUGCAGAGCUUCUCCCCUAAUCCCAUGACUCCAGGAUCUGGGGCUUCAAGAGAGCCGCCCUACAAUCUGCCCUGACUCUGGGUCCCACCAACUGGGAUGAUUAGCUACCACCUCCCGUAGCUACAGGAAGCAGCAGGCUCCCGGUCUUGCCUUUGCCUGGUAGCAUGAUGCGGUUGCAUGGCUGAGCUGGACUGCAGGGGGAAGAUGGAUUUAUCAUAUUACAGCUGUACCCAAAUCACAGAACUGAGAGGCAUAUUGAAUGCCCUCCCCAAACACUGCUCCUGUGUUACUUGUACAGGCCCCUUUCGCCUACUCUCCAUUUGUCCAGAUUGGAAACUCACCAAAGGAGAGACCUGCCUUCCCUGAUGUCCUAGGCUCUUUCCCAACAGAAAGAUAGUGGCUCAGUACCUGCUCCAAGGAGCUUUUACUAUCUUUGGGUGAAAGAAAAAUAUUCUUUGGGUAGAAGGUAGCACAGUCUGAGUACAACGCUAGGAGUCAGCUCUCAUGAGCUGUAGGCCCUGUGCUAACAACUGAUAUUCAUCUUUGGCCUUGGUCAGGUCACAAAAGCUAAUUUUUAACGGACACUUAGGACCUAACAGACAUCCUGAGCACCCAUGACUCCUAUUGACUUUGCUAUGGAUGCUCAGUAUGUUGCUCCCUGUGGCUGGACUGCUAAAGUCAGUGGCCACUUUUCAAAAUGUUGGCCCUAGUGUUUCAUUUCUCCCUCAGUAAAAUGAGAAUAAUAAUAUGUUUGUCACAAGUGUGAAGAUAAGUUUUAAUCCUCAUAAAGCACCUUGAAAAUGAAAAUGGUUAUAGGCGUUAAGUAUUCUUCAAUGCUGCCAGUUGUGGUUUUAUAAUUUUCCUCAUUUUUGAAUGAUACAGCAUUAAUAAUACCUAGCUCUUAUCUAGCACUCUUCAUCGGUAUAUGCCAAAGCAUUGAGUUUAGCAAUGUAUUAAAAAGUUGUGAUGUUCCACAGAGGUUAGUUUUGGGACUUCUUUUGAUAGGACAUGAUCUAGGACUGUCUGAUAUAAGGAUCUUUGGAUGGGGGGAGGUUAAAGAUAAUUCUACCAGUGCUUGCCAUCUCCUCCUUAUUCAAUAUCUAACCCUGUAGCAACUCUCUUGCUCACCAAAAUGGCCCCUUACUUGACUGAUUUCACUAAACAGUGCUCCCUGUCAAGUUCCUCUCUCUGACCACCACCUGUAUUUCUCUAGCAUCGCUUAUCCUCCAGCCUUCCAGAGGUUGAACCUCUCUAUUAAAAGCGGGGGCAGGUGCAGGCCACAUUUUAGAAUGCUGCUUUGUAUGUUGAGUACAGUAAUAAAGAUGUAUUGAAGGAGAGGAUUUAGAGAAAGAUGCAAGAUAAAGAUGGGACCGGAGCACACCAUGUAUUCAUCUUUAAUGUAGGGGUGUGGCCCACAGAGAUGAUAAAUCGUAAUGAGUGAAAGUGAGGAUGACUGGCUCUCUCUUAUGCCCACUGAACCCUUGCAAUCUCAGUGCUGUGGCAGUGGCUGCAAACCGUGUGUUUAUGAUGUGUAUCAGAAGGAGCUAGCCCAGUGGGAGGAAGCCAAAGCAAAAAAAGACAGACGCCUUCUGACCAAACAGAAGGAGGAGAGUUGUAAUUCAGAAUUAAAUCCAGAUACAUUUACUGCUUUCAAGAUAAGCUCUGUGGAACAGCUAACAGAGGACACCUACCAGUAUAAAUUUGAGCUGCCAGGAAACAGCAGCCUGGGAUUGAAUUUAGGACAACAUAUUGUGUUAAGAGGGAUGGUGAAUGGUUUGGAGGUUCAGAGAGCUUAUACUCCAAUUAGCCCUGUAAACGCUGAAGGAUACUUUGAAGUUUUAAUAAAAUGCUACAAGGCUGGGCUAAUGUCACAAUAUAUAAAAUCCUGGAUUGAAGGAGACACAGUCUUUUGGCGAGGGCCAUUUGGAGGCUUCCCAUAUAGCCCUAAUCAGUAUGGAGAACUUCUUAUGCUUGCCUCUGGAACUGGCGUAGCACCAAUGCUCCCCAUUCUCCAAUACAUAACAGAAAAUGAAGAUGAUGAAACCUUUAUAACCCUGGUUGGUUGCUUCCGGACUUUUGAAAAUAUUUACUUGAAACCUCUUCUCCAAGAUCAGUCUCGAUACUGGAACGUCAGAACAUGUUACGUCCUUAGCCAGGAAUCUUCCCUGGAAAAACUUCCUUGGAGCUAUCAAGAAAACACACACACUGGCCAUAUAACUGAGAACUUGAUUAAGAAAAUGAUAAAUUCCUGUAGAAGAAAGCCAUUUGUGCUGAUUUGUGGCUCAGUAGAAUUUAAUGAAGAUAUGACUAGAUGUCUGAAAGCCAUAGGACUCAAAGAGGAUUCCUAUUUUGUAUUUUAGCAGCGUGUUCCAGGCCUGCUUCCUCUGAAAAGAAGUGCAGACCAAGCAUGCACCUGUUUGCCGUUUCCUAUGCAAACAUCAAUUUGAACUUGUCCUUUGACCUGUUUGGGUUUCUCAUGCAUAUAUUUUCAUAUGCUUUUGUAUAAAAUAUUUUAUACAGUGUCUUUAAUAUAAUUCUUAAUAUAUUAUUUUAAAAAUCCCUAUAGACCAGCUGACAAACCAUACCUGGCACAAUAACAUGGCAUAGCCAGGAAAGAGAAGAAUGAUAGUGGAAGCAGUAACUCAGACUUUCAUGAAAGAGACGUUUAGCAUUACUUUUACCUCAUUUUUUUGUGUCAUCACUUUCAUUUUGUAAAUAAAAAGGAGCAGGUAAGUAACUCUGCUCUGAUCUGUGCAUGGUUGUCACGGUACUAACACCCUGAAAGCCAUUUAGGUCUACCGUGUCACUGUGCGCUAUUGGGAACUCUUAAUCCAGAGGUUAUUGCCGUAAGGGACUUUAAAUGUAUGUCUACACUGCACAAAAGACCAGGCUUUGAUGCAGGUUUGAACCUGAACCCCAUUCCAAAUCAGUCUGAUUGAGAUCAACAGGCACUCAGGACGCAGGUCCUAGGACCCUCAUAGGGUAGUGGGUCAGAGCCCAACUCCUUCUGUGACUCAAGUCCAAGCCCUCUCGUUUUGCAGUGUGAACACGGUCAGACCACAGAUCCAUGUCAGAAGGUCUGCAUAGUGUAAUAGCAUUGAUGCGUUAACAUGGCUGUGAGACCUGGAUCCAGCAAUUAUAAACACCGAGUCCAUGAGUCCAGGUCCCCUAGACUCGGGUUUACAAUGCAGUUAGACAUACCCUAAUACUUUUGGUCACUGGACAUUUAUUAAGCCUUGCCCUACGAUGUAUUGAUGCACUGGUAUGGGUUUGCACGGUGUACCCAAAAAAUGUAAAGUCCUUUAUCAUUUGUGUACAACACUUCACAUGGAGAAUAAAAAUUUAUCCUAAAAAUCUA